AUGUUCUUCUUUUCUUUAUAUUUAUUUCUUUUAUUCAAUUAUAUUCAAUUAAUAUUAUGUCCUGCAUCAUUAUUCAUAUCAAUUAAUAGAUCAGUUUUAUUCUUUUUAUUUAUUACAUAUUUUUUCAAGAUAUUAUCAAGGAAUAAAUAUAAUCAUUAUCAACAAAAUAAUAGCCAUAAUCACUUUAAUAAUAAUUAUCAUAUUUAUAAAUACCAUAGUACAUUCUCAAUUAAUCACAAUUAUAACAAAAAGAAAAGUAAUUAUUAUGACCACAAAUACCAUAAUUUAGGUAAAAUAUUUAAUCAAUAUUAUUAG